AUGGCGUCUUCUUCUGCUCCUUCCUCGGCAGCGACGACGAAAAUAAUCGAUGACAAAUCUCCGAUAUGCAUACCCUUCAUCCUCGAACGGUUCAAGCUCCACCAACAGCGGCAACAGCAAUCCCUGGCGGCCAAUACGGCGCCAACGCCUAAUCCUCCUCCUGUGAAGCCCUUCAUCGUCGGCCUCAACGGAGUGCAGGGCGUGGGCAAGACGACGCUGGUCAGCGCUCUGAGCACGGCUCUGCAGGAGCGCGGCAUCGAGACGCUCGUGUGCAGCAUUGACGACUUUUACUUGCGCCGCGAGGACCAGCAGGCGCUUGCGGACGAGGAUCCCGGGAACAAGCUGCUGCAGGUGCGCGGAGAGCCUGGCACGCACGACAUGCAGCUCGCAGCAUCCUUUUUCACGGCCUUGUGCAAGGGCGAGCCCGCCAAGGUGCCCGAGUACGACAAGUCUGCAUACUCUGGCAAGGGCGACCGCGUGCCCGAGUCCCAGUGGUCGACGACAGUCAAUGACCCUGCGUCGUCGCCGUCCAGGGGCCCAGUCCAGGUCGUCAUAUUCGAGGGCUGGUGCGUCGGGUUCCGCUCCCUCGACCCGACCGAGGUGAAGCGCAAGUACGACACGCCUGGGACGCGGACGCUCAAGGACCACUCCCUGGAGCACUUGCUGCGUGUCAACGAGUCGCUCAGGGCAUAUGAUGCUGCAAUCACGGAUCUGUUUGACGCCUUCAUACAUGUCGAUGCCGAAGACACGCAAUGGGUCUACGACUGGCGCCUCGAGCAGGAGGUCAAGCUCCGGCAGGACAAGGGGACGGGCAUGACCGACGAUGAGGUGGUAAGGUUUGUGGAUGCGUACUAUCCGGCGUAUGAGCUCUUUUGUGAUGCCUUGCGGUCAGGACUUUUCCCCGGCAAUCCGGGAGCGCAGCUGCGGAUGAUCGUGGGGAAAGAUAGGAAGGUCAAGGAGGUGCUUGUGUUGUAG